GUGCAAACUGUCAACAGUCUAAUCCAGUACCAGUCACGGUCACGUGAUUGUGUGUCUGUAUUUAUGUUAAUUUAUCUUUCAACACAUUUGUUUCAGUAAUAGUGAUGUCUCGGAAGACCAAGACCGAGGAAUAUUACCGCUUUUUUACUGUAACAGAUUCACGCACACACGAGAAAGGACACACGGAAUAUAAAGUAACAGCCAGGUUUGUGUCAAAGACGCAGCCAGAGAACGUUAAAGAGGUAGUGGUGUGGCAAAGGUACUCAGAACUCAAGAAGUUACAUGGAGAACUGGCAUACACUCAUAGGAAUCUAUUCAGGCGACAAGAAGAGUUUCCUCCUUUUCCACGAGCACAGGUUUUUGGGCGUUUUGAUGAGGCAGUGAUUGAAGAGAGAAGGAAAGCAGCUGAGACCAUGCUGCUCUUUACAAUUAAUAUUCCUGCACUCUACAACAGCCCUCAGCUCAAAGAAUUUUUCAGGGGAGGAGAGGUGAGAAAACCCUUGGAUACAGCCGCCAUUGCCACCUCUCUGCCACCUCCUCUUAUUCCCUUACCUGAGAAGGACACUGCACUACUGGCUGAAGAAGAGAUGGGGAGAGAAGCUCCUAUCCAGACCCAGGAACUAGAGUCCAAUCAAAGACUGACAGAUAUAGCCAGGCCUGAGAUGGCAGUCGAGGCCCUCAGUGACACGGAAAGCAGCUUAACACAAGAGACUCCAUCAAAUUCAAAAAUACAAGAACAGAAAGAAAAUGAGAGAGAGGAGGAGAUUAAAGCACAUCUGAACAAUGACACAGAUCAGUCCUCUGCUGCUAAAGACACUACAACACAUGUCCUUUCAUUUCCAGAAAUCCAAGAUUGUCCAGUUGAUGAAUCAGAGGAGUUUGAUUUGCUCUUUGAUUCAGGAUUGGAUGAACCUACAGACAAGUCCCUUCCUGUGCUAUCAGAUACAGACCUCGCUAUUUUUGAUCCAUGUACCAAAGAAGAACAACAGUAUGGAUCGCCAAGCCAUGCUGAACUUCUGUCAGUCCCUCUGACCGGGACAAAUGGCGCCGAGCCUGAUAGAGAUGGAAGCUAUGUGUCCCAGGCCAAUGAAGAGCUGAAUGCUGCCCAGGAGCGAGAGAAAGAGGCCGAUUACAGUGCAGCAGUUCAACGAUACAGAGCAGCUGUUGAUAUACUUAUGAAGGGAGUUCAAGGAGAUGUGGAUUUGAAGAGGAGAGAUUCUGUGAAGAGGAAGAUUGCUGAAGUCCUAGAGCAUGCAGAGAGACUUCUUUCCAUACAGACUCCCACUCACAACCGCAAUACAUAGAGAACCAAUUGAAACGCACACACACACACUAACUCAAGCUUCAUCAAACCUCAUACUCAAGCACACUCCCACUUACACACUUUGGACUUAGUUUUAGUUAACAUACACAUUCAAACAAUUCCGCCACACUUUUAAGUGUAACUCGCCACCCACACAGUCAACAUACACACAUACACUUGACUCCCACACUUACAUUCCAGUUUACUCAAAUAGUUACUCUUGUAACACCAUCCAGCAGGAUGUGCCCAAUUCUUGUUAUGCAUUGGACUACCUGCACUGCACGAUCAUAACUGCAGAUUUUUAAAUUAGUUUAUUCCGACUUUAAAUGAUUUGUGACACUUCUUGACAUGUGUAAGCAACUGGAAUAAUAUUUCUUAUUUCUUAGAUUUCGAUACUGUUGUGUAAAUUAAACAUUUGUGUAAAUGAUUGUCUAAACGAAGAAAGGAAGUGUUUCAAUUAAAUCUGUCUGUUAAUCAUAUUUGUUAAUGAUAUGCACUUAUAAAUGCACAACAGACCAGGACUGUGUGUAUAAAGAAACAAUUUAACUUUAAAGGGGUCGUAUGGGGCGAAUACGUGUUUUUCUGUGUCUUUGAUGUUAUAAGUUGCCUGUGCAUGUAUUAGACACGUAAAAUUGCAAAAAUUAAAGCGUCGUAACAAAAGAUGCAUUCUAUCUAAAAGCGAAUGCUCACCCAGACCUGCCUGAAACGCCUCGUGUAACCACACCCCCACAAAUCUACGUCAGUUCGUGGUAUGAUUUCACUAAGACCGCCCAAAUGUACGCAAGUAAGGUGGCCGUACCUGUCAGUACAAUUGCUUUGGAACCUGAUGUUCCAAAUAUGGUAAGAGGCGUUUCAUUUCCGUCACACGCUUGCAGUAUUCGACCAAUCACUACGCACUGGCUAACUGGCCAAUCAUAGCACACCUCGCUUUUCAGAGCAAUGAGAUUUGUAAAAAAUCCACGCGUUUCAGAGAGGCGGGGCAACGAGGCGAUAUAAACAUGCAUGUGGAAAAUACAUCAUUUUUUAACCUUAAAUCGUGUAUACACAUUUCAUUACAUCUCAAACAAACGAUAAUAUUUGUUUUAGCCGUGUCAUAUGACCCCUUUAAUGACAUUGAGUGCAGUUUUUUUGGUACAACACCAGAUGUCACUGUCCUGUGCUAGUCCAUAGAUACAAAGCUCAAGACAUCAGCGUCAAUGAAUCCACAUAACCUUAAAGCCAUGAUGUAGAAAUGCUGCUGUAGAUAUAUUGGCUCUUUCCAGAGUCAGAACAAAAGUAAGGCACGAAUAUAAGGACUAAAAGGAUUAUAGAGAGCUGAAAGAGGGAACGAGAGGAUGACCACGGAUCAUCUCUAUUGUCAGCGGAUGGAAAAGAUCUUUUUUCCCCUCCUACUGUUGUUUUCUAUUUCUCCCAUUGGGCUGGGGAAUUUGCUGUUUUGGCUGCCUGGAGAGAAUGUGGAAUAGAGAGAGAGGUUACUGCACCUGUGUGUGUGUGUGUGUGUGUGUGCGCGCGCGCGCGUGCGUGCGUGCGUGCGUGCGUGCGUGCGUGUGUGUGUGUGUGUGUGUGUGUGUGUGUGUGUGUGUGCGAUGAAGAGAGUGACAAAAAGGGGGAGAUGGAGUGUAUUUGGGCAUUAGCAUGCUGUGAGUGUCGGCUCUCAAUGUCCCUCUCUCUCCCUCUCUAUCCCUCAUUCUGUCUCUCACUCACCAAUCCCUCUCUCCUCAGUGUCCACGGCAAUUAUACCAUCAAAACACUCCAGCCAAAGAGGAUAAUUGCAACCUGAGUACUGCAGAGAGACUGAGAGCGAGAGUGAGUGAAAAUGUGUGUGUGCACGAGCAUGUUUUCUCAUGUCUGGUAUCCGUGUGUGGAUGAAAGUGUUAGUCGGUGCAUUGUAUUGUAUUCCUGAGGUUCUCCACUGCGUGGUGAGAGUCAUUUGGGUCAAAGAUCAAAGAAUCUGUUUGCGGUACUAAGAGGACAAUGACAAUCCAUUGAAGACACAUGCACACGCUCCCUGUUUUAAUCAUGUGCAUUACCGCAGUCAGUUUUCUGAAACACAAGGUCAGAGGCCCAAACUCAACAUCACUGAGCUCAGAAAGCUGUGUGAAAUGAUGGCUCAACAAGACCAAGCGUCCCGCGUUGCGACAGAUUAAAAUAGGCCCACACAAAACUUCACAGAGAAUUUGAAAAUAUUUUGUCUAAUUUUUCAUGCCUCAUGUUGACAUUACGCACAGAUUAUCACCAAAAUCUUUGGAGAUCUUAAUCUUUGGUCUGAAAUUUAUAUAAAUUUCUAUUGACUAUUAAACACAUUUGUUUUCUAUUAGUAAGGCUAUAUUAAAACUGACACUUGGUGACCAAUUUUACCUUGCAUUGCCUAACCCAUUGCCAAUAUAUCUGUUUAUCACUUGUUAAAAUCUCCUAUAAAGUGUACACUUAUGUAUUAUAUAAACAUCCCACUAUGUGGAUUUGUUCCCUGUGAUUUUAGGUUUUUGUGGUUUUAAUAAGAAAGAUGAUUUGAUUUAUUAUUCUGCUCUUUUUAGAUUGUAUUUUCUCUAGUUGAGCAUCAGUUGUCACUCACUGUCUCCCCACAGUCACCUUGCCCAAGGCUGAAUGUGUGAGUGCUCGUUCUCUCAUACACAUUUUCCCUCAGAGGGAGCCAAUGGGCAAACACUUUGCCUGCCCAUUGACCCUCUCAAACGUCUAUCUCCACUUCAGCUUUCUCUCUCUCCCCUGGAUGCCACAUUUUCAUUCGCCGCAUAUUAUGGGCUCAUAUUGCAAUAUGUUUGAUCGUGACUCAUUCUAAUGAGACAUUUUGAUAUGUCUCCCACCAUUUGAAAGGAUCGACAUUCGUGUGGCAUUUUUAAAACACUGCUUGCGAAUGGCUGUGUCCCUUUGGUGUGUUGCAAGGCUCUUUGUUAGAAUUGCUCAUGCAUUUUAAUAUUGUUUGCUGUCAGUCAUUUGGCUUCAGUUCAAAGGAUUCAGUGUGAGUUGUUAAUGCAGUUCAAAAGCCAUUCGGCUUGAGGUGUACGUUUACAGUGAAGACUGACUGUAUUAUCAGAUAAGGAUUUUAUCAAAGAAUCUACAAUCAUGUAUUGCUACUAAUAUUACUGUAUUUUUCAAUAUAAUAAAAUAUUAUUCACAAAUGAAACAGACAGGAAUCAUUUAACAUAAACAUCACUUGUCAAAGUAUAUAGACCGUACCAACUGGUUGAUUACCUUUGCAUUUUAUCCUUGCUUAAUUGUUUGUUUAUUCUUGUUUUGUUUUCUCUCCCUCUUUGUUCUUGGGAGAUGUUAUUUUUCUGUUUUUUUUUUUUGUUCUAAUGUACCAUGGAAAAGGAAUGAGUGGAAAACAGCCGUGGAAUAACUGUAUAUCUUGUAUUAAUGCUUGCGAAAUGCUGG